UUGCUUCUCACCGCUGACGUCACUAACGAGACAGUUCCCUCCAGCAGCAGAGAGCUUCAUUUUCUCAUCUGCUUUUGUGCUAAAAUGGAGGUUGGCCCCUUACCUUAAGUGGAUUGCCUUCCUGGUCGAGUUUAGAUGUUGACAUGCAAUAAAGCUGGAAUCAGGAUGGUUGUGGAUGCACCUAAUUCCAAUGGGCCUUUCCAGCCCGUGGCUCUUAUGCACUUCAGAGACUGUGCUCCGGCGGAGCAGGAGAAGCUGUUUGUGCAGAAGCUGCGCCAGUGCUGCGUGCUCUUUGACUUCCUGUCAGACCCACUAAGUGACCUGAAAUGGAAGGAGGUGAAGCGGGCGGCGCUGAGCGAGAUGGUGGAGUACAUCACGCACAACAGGAACGUCAUCACAGAGCCCAUCUACCCGGAGGUGGUGCACGUGUUUGCGGUGAACAUGUUUCGAACGUUGCCUCCGUCGUCCAACCCCACAGGAGCAGAGUUCGACCCCGAGGAGGACGAGCCUACGCUUGAGGCUGCGUGGCCACAUCUCCAGCUCGUCUACGAAUUUUUCCUUCGGUUUUUAGAAUCUCCUGACUUUCAACCGAACAUAGCGAAGAAGUACAUCGACCAGAAGUUUGUGAUGCAGCUUUUAGACCUGUUUGACAGUGAAGACCCGCGGGAGAGGGACUUCCUCAAAACAACUCUCCACAGGAUAUAUGGGAAGUUCCUGGGACUACGGGCCUACAUCAGAAAACACAUCAAUAAUAUAUUUUAUAGGUUUAUCUAUGAGACUGAGCACCAUAAUGGAAUAGCAGAAUUACUGGAGAUACUUGGAAGUAUAAUCAAUGGGUUUGCCUUACCACUAAAAGAGGAGCACAAGAUAUUCCUUUUAAAGGUCCUGUUGCCUUUGCACAAAGUCAAAUCACUUAGUGUCUACCAUCCGCAGCUGGCAUACUGUGUGGUGCAGUUUCUAGAGAAGGACAGCACUCUCACUGAGCCAGUGGUCAUGGCCCUUCUGAAAUACUGGCCCAAGACUCACUCCCCAAAAGAGGUGAUGUUCCUUAACGAGCUGGAGGAGAUUCUAGACGUCAUCGAGCCGUCCGAGUUCGUCAAGGUCAUGGAGCCACUGUUCAGGCAGCUGGCCAAGUGUGUGUCCAGCCCACACUUCCAGGUAGCGGAGAGGGCUCUGUACUACUGGAACAACGAGUACAUCAUGAGUCUGAUCAGCGACAACGCAGCCAAGAUCCUGCCCAUCAUGUUUCCGGCGCUCUACCGCAACUCCAAGACCCACUGGAACAAGACCAUCCAUGGCCUCAUCUACAACGCUCUGAAGCUCUUCAUGGAGAUGAACCAGAAGCUGUUUGAUGACUGCACACAGCAGUUCAGAGCAGAGAAAAACAAAGAGAAGGCCAAGUCAAAAGACCGGGAAGAGGCCUGGAUCAAGAUUGAGAACCUUGCCAAAUCCAACCCACAGGUGUGUGUGUGUUCUCUUAUCCGUGUUGAUUCCACUGGCCUCAACGGUCCAGUAGCAAUGGAGUCUGAUGGUCCAUUAACCUAUGAAGAAGUUCACAGGUUAAAAAAGACUGUAACGGAAGAAGUCGCUCAGUUACAAACGAGAGACCAGAGGAAAGACCGGCCUAUGGUGCGGCGUAAGUCGGAUCUCCCUCAGGACAUCUACACCGCAAAAGCCUUGGAGACCCAUCGCCGAGCCGACGUCAUGAUCACUACCCGCGAUGGGCUCUAGGUCUGCCCCUCUCUCCCUCUAGUGUCCAGUCCCCUCUUCUCUCUUUCCUCUAGUGUCCAGUCCCCUCUUCUCUCCACAUCCCAUCUCCACCCUCAUCCACACAGCACAUUCAGAUUACUGGCCCAGUUUCAUCAUCGUCGCCAGUACACAACCCCCCCCCCCCCCCAGAUUUCUGCUUUCUCAGGUGUUUCUUUUUGGGAGGGGUGGGGCCGCAACUUUCUUUUUUAGUCUUGCCGACAAUUUGUUUUUGCUUAAUCGUGCAUAAAACAGUAUCGGCUCAUCCCUCCAGGCUCUUACUGUACUAAAGGAAAUGGGGGAAGUUCUGUCCCACUAGCAACAUGACAGGCUCCUAUGUUCCCCCAUUGAGCGCAGUUGGUAGAAUGCACAACAAAAGUAGAGAGCAGAAACAGAAUGGGGGAGGCUCCUCUCGUUUCCUCUGUCAUUUUCUGUCAAGGGGAAACAAAACUAAGAACAGCCAUUGUUGGAUGGUGGGGGAUGACUGUUUGGAUCGACUUUUGGGACGUUUUGUUUCUUCUCUAGUUUUAAUUUUUUAAUUUUGUUUAAUCCCAGGGACAUUUGCCAGUGCCAAGACCGUUUGUUCUUUCUGUGUGAGAGAAACCUGGAUGACUAUCUAGGUAGACAGCCUGUGUCGUUUGACUUCGUUUUUUUUGGAGCCUCAGAUGAUUCAAUUAUGCUUUUUUUUUUAAUAAGCUGAAGAGCAACAGGACUUUCUGAAGUGACUGAUCCAUCUGUUCUGAUGAAGUCACUAUAACUAGGAUGGAGGGAGGACGGGAGGUUCUCUGUGGACUGAUCCAUCUGUUCUGAUGAAGUCACUAUAACUAGGAUGGAGGGAGGACGGGAGGUUCUCUGUGGACACUGAUCCAUCUGUUCUGAUGAAGUCACUAUAACUAGGAUGGAGGGAGGACGGGAGGUUCUCUGUGGACACUGAUCCAUCUGUUCUGAUGAAGUCACUAUAACUAGGAUGGAGGGAGGACGGGAGGUUCUCUGUGGACACUGGACUCUUUACACUCUACACUUUGUGCCAUGCACAUUCUUUUGUUGGAUUUAUUUCCCUUCUGUUGAAGUCCAUUGGCAAUAUGUGAGCCAGAUCACAAUGAAAUAUUGACAGUUCAAACAAUGGUACUUAUUUCAUACGGAGAAACACAUUGGUUGGUUGUUAGUCUGCACCCAGUUUGUCAUAUUCAAAAGCCCUUCUUAGACAUGUUAGUCUCCUUUAAUUCAUACAUAAUGCAUGUCUCCAGUUCUUAAUGCUAUUGGGAAGCUUCAUUUAACUCUCAAUGGCCAGCUAGGAAGUGUUUGGUUUGACACAGAGUCCAUCAAGACGCCUGUAGCCACACACACUGUAAUGCUACAUUAUGCAGAACAUUCCAGAAACGUUCCAACUGAAAUGACAUGACACUUUACCAGUUUGAGGAAGGCGAGGUGCAGAAUUACUCAUCUCGAUCACAUAAUAAGUUAUUUGGGAUGCAGGGUGAUGUUGUAGAACUGUGAUUCUGCACAGCCCGACUGUAAUGAAGUCCUUCUCAAAUGCACAUCUUGUCCUCAGAUGCAGGCUUUUCAGAAGCCCUGGAGCUGCUUGCAAGUCAAGCAUGGUCCUCCAUUUGUUCCAGAGGUACCCAUGAUAUCACAUGCCCUGAAGCCCUCCUCCCCCAGUGUUCUCACGUUUCCCUGUUGGUUUUUACCAGUGCCCUCCUCCCCAGAGGUGCUUUGCUGUGGAGCUGGAAGUACUGAACAAAUGGGGAUCAGAGAGCCGUUUAUCGAAUGGAGGAAUAUUACAUGAUGAGAACAGCAACACUGUUUGGAUGACUACCAUUUCAUGUGACAGUUGAAUGAGCAUAGAAAGAGGUGAUUUCAAACCUGAAUCCCUCUUUGGAUGAUAUCUGUAACCGUUAAGAAUAAAUCUAUUGAAAAAUCACUUCCUGAAACUUGAAAGAUGUGACAUGUUUGUGUAUCUUCAAUGAAGCGCUCUUCAGUAUCCUGUUGAGUCUAUGUACAGUCUGUUCUGCUUUCUCAAGUUCAGGAAGCUGUCCAUUUCCUGCACUGGACAAGGAAAGGACCCCGUCAGUAAGCAUUUCGGUGUUAGUCCACACCUGUUGUUUACGAAGCAUGUGAUGAAUAACAUGUGAUUUGAUUGGGGCCCCAUUGUAAAUGUUAGUCUUUCUCUGGUACCAUUGUUUGAACUUGCAAAUCUAGCACAUGUAUCCAAUCUGUAAUGUCUUUUCUGUUUCUAGUGCCUGGCAACUGGUAGCCCGGGUGCUAGUUUUGGAAAAGGCUAAUGCUGAAAGACCGACAUCAAGGCUUGGCUUGGUAACUACAUUAUUAAUACUUAAAUGCAAAAAGGUGUUCAUUUAACUACCAUUUUAAACAUGUAUCUUUUGUCCUGGACAAAUGGCACUCGCCAAAACAAUUUGAUUCCCCCCCCCCCAAAAAAAAUCUUUGCUUUUAUAUAACAGUAUCAUUUGGAAAUAUGUUUGAUCAGUUCGCUUUUUAUUUGUUCAAACUUUUUUUUUUGAAGACACAUUAUUCGUAUGGCAAGUUAGACAACAAAUGUUUUGGAUUGUUUUCUGGAAUUCUUUGCUUGGCCUCUGCAGGUUUUUAGUUGGAACAUGUACUUUCCAGAAUAUAAUAACUUGACAAGUGUCCUUUUGUAUGUGAUCUGUACUAUGUGGCUUCAUUUAAUAUUGUACAUAUGAUUUACUUUGUUUUAUGUAGUGUUAUAUCUAGAUUAAUUUUGUACAAAAUUGUUCUCUGUACAGAAUAAAACAUCAAUAGCAAUGACAAAGAAGUCAAUGUGGCACAUACCUUCUCUUUCCCCUGUAACUUUCUGCAUUAUUAGAAAUGACAGGUCUAAUAUUUUUCUGUUAACUCUUGUUCCCUCUUCCAAUUAUCUGUGACCAGAUUUCAGUCCGUAGCCUUUUGUGUGCUUUUAUCACAAUCUCAAGUGGUGUUCAUCUGUAAUAGAAUGAAUAAAGAGAAUAUUUGAAUUUUA